CUUUGUUCAAAGAAAGAUGGCAGAUAAGAGAUGUUGAGUUCGAAACGUGUUGAUUUAAACCUGUUGUUAUUUACCAUGAAGAUGAUAUUGUAUUGGACUUUGUAGUGAAAGAGGGCAUACAGAGUAGGGAAGAUGCAUGGCCAUCAGUCCCACUCCCGCAGACGGAAGAGGAGGCCACUCCAUGGUGUGAAGAGUGUGGAUGUUACAAGAGGAAAGACCGGUUACGGGUUCACAAUCUCUGGGCAGCAUCCAUGUGUCCUCAGCUGUAUAGUUAGUGGCAGCCCUGCAGAGAGAGCUGGACUCAAACCUGGGGACUACCUUGUGUCUGUUAAUGGAGAAAAUGUCUCGAAGGCUCCCCAUGAUAAUGUGGUUCGGAUGAUUGGCACAUCCACGGGAACGCUGACACUACAAGUGGCUGAGAAUUAUAACAGUUCAGACUCAUCAGAUGAUGAUUAUCAUGUAAGACCAAAGUCACGCUACCCAAACCGUGUCAGGCCAAGACAUGUUAUUGGUAUGAGUCCUGAUGCUAAAGUUCUCAAAGAACAGAGUCAGAAUGCUAGAGUUGCUCAGUAUGUGCAUGAGAGUCGAUCUAGAGCUAGUCACAAGGCAAGCUUACCCUACAGACGCCCUGUUUCAUCGGGCAGUAGUCAGAGUUCACAGGGGAGACCCCAUAGUCCCUUAGAGGGCUUUGUUCACGUUGACACUAAAUGGGGCAGGCUUUCAUCGUGUUCUGCAUCUCGUCUACUGGACAAGAACAGCAAAGCAAGUACGAGUAGAGCCCAUGCAAAUUCAAAGUCAUACUCAGCCUCAAACUUGAAAUCUUCAGGAGACCGAGGUUUCAAUGCUAAUGUCCGUCCAGGUGUGUAUCCAGGCAGGUCUGCAAAACCAUCCACUCGUGUCAGAAAUCAGCCAAACUUAAACUACACUCUCUCACAGUCUUUUUACUCCACACCAUCACAUGGCACUCACAGUGACAUAGACUUGCCAGAUCUCCCGGCCAUCCUAAACAGAGAAGUUUUAGAUCACUCGUCCAGUCUGUCAUCGUCUUCCCGUUGUGAGGCUGACCCAGCAGCAAUGGAUCAGGAUGAUCUGAACUCCCAUGACCCUGGCAUCAGAGCUAUUGUAGGUUACGUUGGCACAAUAGAAAUGCCAGGGCAGGACAACAGACUACAGCACAUCAGAAAUGCCGUUAGGCGGCUGAGAGUGGAGCAGAAGAUACACACCUUGGUGUUAAUGGAAGUGUUAGAAGAUAGUGUGAAACUAACCAACACGGUGGGUAGCAUAGUGGCCGAAUACCCGGCUGAUAAGAUUUUGUUUAGUGGUGUUUGUCCGGAUGACAAACGGUUCCUGGGCCUGGUCACAUCGCACAAUCCAGAGGACCAGACUUCCAGCAGCUCUUGUCACGUUUUCAUGGUAGACCCAGAAAUUCAUCAGCACAGUGCGCAUGCUCAGAAAGCUGCUGCUUUUAAUAUUCAGUGUUCCACUGACCUGAACACACAGGCCUGUCAGGAAUUCCCUCAGACAGCAAGCCCCUUAGUCUCUGGUGUGUCACAGCUUUACAGUAACAGGCAGGGCGGGUUGGACACCGACGUCAUUCGUUCUCAGAUUUUUGCAGAGCCUGUUUUGGUCGCUGAACGACACCACAGCAGCAGUUCGAACAGUCAUGACAGUGAUAGUGGCUUAGGCUUCAGCAAAGAAGAUAACCAGCUUAAUGAACAAGUGUACAUCGUGGACGUCAGUGCCAGUUUUGAUCGUAAAGACUUUCACAGAGCCUCCCAGCACGACAGUUUGUCCGGCUCUGCUCCAAAUCUUCACCAUCUUUCUCCAGAUGUGUCUACUAUGCCAACACCGCAUUACAGAAACUUUCAGCAUCCUUCUACAAGUCGCCAUGCUGCCAGGAGGUUGCUCAAUGUGUCCUCAACCAGCGAGGAAAGCUUACACAUGGCAGUAUCCGGUAAGCUUAACCUGAGGGCAAUGCCAGAUCCCCCCACCCUCUGUAAGUCUCAUUCUAACAAUGCACUGGAGCUGCGUCAUUCUGCCGAGAGCAUGCGGAGAAGCAUGCACAAGUUUUUGCAGGCACGACAGCAUUAUACUCGUGAUGUUGCGGGAACCAGUAGUGACCAGGAGUCGCAACUCUCGUUUUCGUACCGACCAGACAACAUCUCGCGUUCAUGCUCUCAUUCAAGUAUCCAGCAGCGCCCUACGUCUGCUCCGUUCAAACAACUGACUCAGGGCCUAACUCUCAUGAACAGUAAAUUGUCUGCUGGGAAUCUAUCAGACAAACUCAGCCCCCGAGCUUUCCUGCCUUAUGGCCCCACGGUUUGCUCUCCAGCCCCACCCAUCCGCUCCCCGUCAGCCCCACCCCUAACGACACACCAUGGCGACAGUGAUUCUGAUGAGGAAUUUGACAGCGAUUGUCUGGAGAAGAAGUUAUCCCGGUUUGAUCUUGAUCAGACAAAUAAACUCCAUGAUGACCAUGAGCCCAGGAGAUUUUCGGAAGGCUAUGCUUUAGCAAAGAAGCGAGAGAAAGAAAAGAGUGUUCAUGCUGAAAUUCAAAGGUGGACGAAAACUGGCUCUUUGAGACGACCUAAACAUGCGAAGAAAACACUGUCACAGUCACAUGAGUCCCUGAUUGUCACAGAUGCAGACUUGGCAACGCAACAGAAGCUGCUCUCUGCCAAUAGCGUGAACAGUAUUAGUGGCCAUGGCAAUAAGAAGUGUUUGUCACAGGAGGCAGAAGUGGGGCGCGUGGCAGGCUGGGCUGUUAACUUCGAAAAGCUGCUCAGCGACAGUGGCGGGUUGGCGGUGUUCACUGAAUUUCUCAAGAAAGAGUUCAGUGAAGAAAACAUUGUGUUCUGGAAGAUUUGUGUGGACUAUAAGAAGAUUGGGGACCCGGAGGAGAGAAAAGUGAAAGCCAAAGAGAUCUAUGACAAGCAUGUUUCGUCCAAAGCGGUUGAUCCUGUGAACAUUGACAGCCAGGCUCGUCAGAGGUGUGAGGAACACCUGGAGCUUCCCUCACCUGAGAUGUUUGAUGUUGCACAGCAACAGAUAUUCCAGCUGAUGAAGCAAGACAGUUACUCUCGGUUUCUACGCUCUGACAUGUACAAGUCCUGUCUGAUGGCAGAGAUCGAGGGCAAACCCCUGGAGUUUCAGGAGGAGGAUGACACUGUCUCUGAUCUGCCCUCAAAAGAUGACAAGAAGGCGAAAAAGAGCGGUGAGCCAGAGGUAAAGCGAAGGAAAUCUCUCCUGCCAUGGGUGAAGAACAAAGGUGCCAAACAGAAUGCCAAAUUAAAAAAGAAUAAAGAAAACAAGGAAAAGGAAGAAAACAAUAAUAACAGUCAUAAAAAGCCCGGGUUUGCUACGGUGGAUCUGAGUUUGAUGAGCAAAGAAGUGGCUCAAACAGUGGAGAACAUACCCUCUGAUAUCCGGGAAAAUGAGGACGAAGUGCAUUCUGGGAAUUAUAAGUUUUGUCGCAUAAUUCUGCCAGACGGCUCAUCUACUGUGGUGUGUGCUAAGCCGGGUCAGUCUACCCAUUCUGUGCUGAGCAAACUGUGCGAGAAACGCAACUUUUCUGUUGCUUCUCUGGAUGUUUUCCUGGCAGGAUCAGAUAAGGCAUUGGAUUUAAACAAUGACAUAUCCAGUCUGGGAUCCAAAGAUAUUAUUUUAGAGAAGAGAGUAUUUUUUCGGAUGGAUUUGCCAAAUCACAAAUUCAUUGGGGUGAAAGCCAAACCUAACCGUUCUAUUCGUGAUGUGUUCAAGCCCAUAUUGCAUAAAUAUGGAUACAAGAUAGACGGGGUCUUAAUACAGAUGUCUGGUCAGAAUGGAACUGUGGACAUUGAGUGCCCGACUUCCAGCUUGGAUAACAAAAGAAUUCUAAUCAUUCCUAAGGAUGAUGUUGUCGACUGGUCUGGCUCGGACGGUCACCGUUUGACCAAUGGUCGCCCACCUGUUCCCCCGCGCAAUAAACCCAGCCAAUCAGGGCCAUCCAGCCUGGAUGAAUUAACUAACAAAGUGUUUGAGGAUCUUAUGCAAGGCAAGUCGGAGGUGGCUCACAGUUUUGAUGAGCUGGGCAUUCUUGAUCCUGACAGACCAGUCAAGUCGAACAAAAACGGAGACGAUCAUCGUUUAUCCGGCCUUUUCGGGCUCCUAAGGAGGGAAUCUCUGGGCGCAAAGGAUCCCGGCAAACCCAAAGUGAAGAACAAGGUGACGUUUGCUUUACAGAAAUCGGAGAACAGGAAACGUGGGAAGGGCCGUGAAGAAGACAAUUUUUUGGACCUACUGUCCAGAAUGCAGAGCCAGAGAAUAGAUGACCAGCGUGGUGUAGGUCGUGACAGUUUGGAAGUACCAGACUUCCUGCUCAAGCCGUCAGCCAAACAGGAGUCCGGUACAAGUGACAGUCAGAGGCCCCAAAGCAGCAGUGAGCCGUCAGAUGAAGCAAGCAAUCUGUUGUCAAUCCAGGCUGCAGAAGGCUAUGACUUGGAUGACUUUGACGAUGUGGAACCCAACAUGCUGUCUUUGCAACAAAACAUUGAGCCAGAAACUCUGACUAAACCCUGCAGAAAAGGCUCACCGCCUUCGGCCGAGGCAGCAGACUACGAUGGCAGAAGUAUUCGCAAGUUUAAGACUUUCGGUUCACCAACGGAAAAACUUCAUUUCACAAACUCAAGUUUUAGCCAGGAAUCUGUAGUGCCUUCUUAUAAUCAAGCCCUGAACUAUUUUAGCAGUUUUAACCAUCCCCCUCAUCCCGAUUUUGACGACCCAAUGUUGAUGGUUAAGAGUGUAUCUGAUAUUGGGUUUGAUCAAAGUGGUAGUCAGCCUCCCCUAAGUGCCUUCCAACCCCCUGUGAUAAGACUUCCUGAUGAUUUUCCAUCCAAUUUCAAGGCUCCCAAAGCAUCUCCAGAGAAGUUCUCCUCCAGUGGUACAGACCCAGAGUUGUCUUCCCCUAGUGAAAGCAAUAGCAGUGCAGGUCAGCUGGAGUUCCAGGAUUAUACUGUGCACCAGAAUGGUGUGUGUGAGAGUGGGAUUGCAGUGAUGCAGCGUCGUCCCUUCCAGUCUAUACUGGAGCAGGGCAGAGUCAACGCUGCACCAGAAGUCCCACAAAAACCACAUCUUCACGGGCACAAGACCAGCGAUCAGCACACACAGAGUUUUGAAAAUCGUUUAGCUCAAUGUUUGACUGAAAACCAAAAACUACUGCCAACAGAAAAGCACCAGUCCACAAAACUGGCCAGUAAAAAACGACUGGUUCGUGUGAACGGAACAAGCAACAUCGUGAACAGUCAUGAUUUGCCACAGCAUCCCGAACCCAACAGUCGAACACCUCAACAGUUAAAUAGCGAACUUAAGCAUCAUCGUAGUCGAACACGAAAACCAGUGUACAUUCAACCGAGUGAACCUCCAAGCACUGUGGACCACCAGGUCACCUUUGUGUAGUGAAGUAACAGAACUUCUGAAGAAGCAUCAAACAAAGGACUCUUUAUAUAUGCCAUAAUGUCAAAAGAUGUGCUGUUGAUAUUUCUAUGAUUUGUAUUUUGAUAUUUUUUUUAUGCCCAUUCAUUACGUUUACAAAAUUCUUCUUUGUGUUUGUAGUCUGCAAUUUGAAAUGUGAUGUAAUUCACAUUCAAUGAUUGCAACUUCACCUGAAAUUGCAAAUUUUUAUAUGCAAAUUACUUUCACUAAUUUGAUUGUGAAAUCUUGCUACUUUUCCUUCUGCAUCCUGUGUUACAACUCAGGAGUAAGCACUUGAAGUAGGCUUAUUUUUAUAUACUCCUAUUCACACAAGGAUAGGUUUCCUCUGCCAAGAGAACCCUUUCAUAUAAAAACAUGUCUGACUUCAUGUAGUCUCACACUCAGUUGUUGACAAAAUUCUGGCUAUGAAGAUAAUUCUGGCUUUGACUUGGUGGCUGUUUUUCAAAGCGGUUGUGAAUUUGCGCUGGCUUAAUCACCUUAACAUCGCAUGAGGACGGCAUAUGAUAUGAUAUGCCACAUUGGCACUUGCAGCCACUGUAAUCAUAAUGUUACAACUGCUUUGAGAAAUAGCCUUCAGUUGACACUGUAUUUCAACAUUAUGUUUUCUCUUGCCUUGUAACAUUGACUAUCUAAGUGCCACUAGGUGUGCAUUUCAGGUGACUUAUUAUGAAAGAUUUUGAUCAUUUUUAAUAUAUCUGCAAAUAGUUCCCACUGCGCUGAAGUAGUGUAAUUUGCAGUAUGUCCUGACCUGCACAACCUGUUCCAGCAUGGUUAAUAUGCGAGUACAUCUGGUUUGUGAGUCCGUGUACGUGUAUUUUGGUUAACUAUUGUCCGACAUAGUAUUUGUUUAACACAUGUUGUACAGCAUUUGUUUGUUAAUGUGAAGUUAUUUCUGUUAUUUAUUAUGCUCAGUCGUGGACUGGUGCUUUUCUGUUAAACGUUCAGUUUUUUGACAAUUAAAUAAAUUGUAUGAUAAUCAGUUUUUCAAGAAUAUGUCUCAGUUGGGGCACUGGAUUCCUUUCAUUUUGUAUUUAUUGUGACUGUUGAGACACUGUUAAAGUUCAUUUUGUCUUAGGAGGGUAAAAAACGUUUUUAAAUGGGGUGAGAGAUCAACAGAAGCAAUUUCAUUCAUUAUUGAGAUUUUAGAACAUUUUUUUUUCUUCUUUUUAUUGUAAUAGAUUGGGUCCUUAAAGCCACAAUUUAGUUUGGUACCAACCCACAAUCUAAACAACUAUUCAGUCCUCACCUAUUAUCAUUUAUCAGCUGGCUGUAUUAGUAUGAGAAGCUGAGAACUAGGACUGAUGGCUCAGUUGAACAAAUGCUCAGAAAGAAUUUACUGAUAGACUUGGUUUGCCAUUUGGUCUGACCUUCAGUGCACUAUUUUUUGUACAGAAUUGCCAGGUGCAGUGUUUGUCUUUUGAAUAAUAUUCAUGGCAAACUUUAUGGUUAAGAUUUUUUACUAUUCAUCCUUUCAUAUAAAUUUUUCAUUAAGGUUAAGGUCAGUUUCUGACAUGUCAUUAUUUAUUCCAUAUUUACAUGGUUUUCUUCACUCUGAAAAGGACCCUGUCCAUCCCUGAAUUAUUGUUAUAAAGAUGCAUGCAUUGUGACUAGGGACUUAAUUUCCAAAUUGACAAUUUGCUUGUAGAUAUGAAGUUGAAUUUUUACUCUAAAAUGUAAAUUUCCCAAGGAUACCCUCUGGUCCUCCACAUCUAUUCCUUUAAACCUUGAAAAAAGAGAUUUCUGUGGCAGGCAGAAGGGAAUUGUAAGAAAUCGGAAUAAAGCAGACUUUCACUGUUCUAGUUUAAAGGGUGACGUAAAGGGAGAUAAUUUAUGUACAGCAAGAUAUUAGUAAAGGGGUUUGUAAAUUGUCAGUUAAUAUGGCUUAGAAACUCUCUUGACUGGUCAAUACUGUAUAAGCAGUUAACAGUUACAUGUGUAUGGUAUUGUCACAUAUGCAAAUCCAUGAAUAAAAAUUUUCCAUUUA